AUGAUUGCUAGAUCUAAUUGUUCUUAUAUAGAAAGUAUAGAUAUUAGUAACAAAGAGGAUAUAAAUGACGAAAAUGUAAAUGAUGAGAAUGAAGAGAAUAUUAAUGGUGAGGAUGAAGAGAAUAACAAUGAAGAGGAUAAAGCAGAUAACAAUGAAGAGAAUGAAGAGGAUAACAAUAAAGAUGAGGAGGACAUUAAUGAUGUAGAUAUUAAUAAUGAAAAGUCUAACAAAUCCAAAGUUAAAUCAAAAGAAAUUUUCACAGGAGAUCUUAUCUAUGAACUCUUCCAGCAAGUUUUUGUAAAUGAUUCUUGGAGUUGUGCAUCGCCGAUUGAAAAACCCUACUAUUCAGCUAGAAUAUUUUCUGCGACUUCAGAUAACAACACAUCUAAUCUUAAUAUAUUACAACAACCUAAAAGACGAAAUCAAGAAAAAGUUGCUAAUAUAAGUAGUUUAGCAACUAGCAUACAAAAAAAAAUAAGAACUUCUGAUACUUCACUUAAUUCCAGUCAACCAAAAUUUAAUUUACAAACUCCAAAAGUUUUGGAACAAUCUAAGCAAAUGGUCUCUGGCAUUCCGAAAGUUUCAGAACAAUCUAAGCAAUCAAUCUAUAGUCCUCCAAAUGUUUCAAAACAAUCCAAGAAAUCGGUCUCUGGUACUUCAAAAGUUUUAGAACAAUCCAAAUGA